AUGGCCAACAUCAAGGAGCGCACCUACAUCAUGGUCAAGCCCGACGGCGUCCAGCGCGGUAUCGUCGGCGACAUCAUCUCCCGCUUUGAGAAGCGUGGCUUCAAGCUUAUCGCCCUCAAGCUCGUCCACGCCACCCCCGACCACCUCGAGAAGCACUACGCCGACCUCAAGGGCAAGCCCUUCUUCCCCGGCCUCAUCAAGUACAUGGCUUCCGGCCCCGUCGUCGCCAUGGUCUGGGAGGGCCUUGAUGCCGUCAAGACCGGCCGCAAGAUGCUCGGCGCCACCAACCCGCUUGCCUCUGAGCCCGGCACCAUCCGUGGCGACUACGCUCUCGCUGUCGGCCGCAACAUUUGCCACGGCUCCGACGCUGUCGAGUCCGCCGAGAAGGAGAUCGCUCUCUGGUUCCCCGAGGGUAUCGUCCAGUACGAGUCGGCCCAGGCCGCUUGGAUCUUCGAGUAA